AUCGUUGUCACUGUUCAUCAUAUCCGUGAAUGCUUGCUUCUCACCAUUGCUACCGGACGUAUGCACGCGCUGAUACCUGCCGCCGAGAGGGCGAGGAAGGGACGAACAGGUUCGUAGCCGCGCGCAUGUCACCGAUCGAAACGAGAUCCGUUGCUCAACGCGAUCCGCUCGCGAUUCACGCGCCACGAAAUCAAUUUCACCCCUCGCUCUCUUCGAACCGCCUACGCGACGCUGUCUAAACAGCGAUCGUCGAUAUUUCGAAUCAUGUUGGUACGUGUGGAACGAGCAGUGACUCGACGUGACCUUACGUUUAAUACCUUACAGAACUGUACCUUACACAUUCCUCUAAUUCUGUGAACAACAAUUCGCGGUGUUGUGAUCGAUCGAUGCGCGAAUUCUAAGAAAAGAGAUACGUGCCGGUGGCUCGUUGUGUUUACCGGAUCGGCGAAAAGCGCGACACGACCUUCGGAAUUAACGCGCUCCGAAACAGAAGUCACGCAGUUAAUCUUCGUCCGGCUCGAUAUCGCCGGCCGUCUUUGUCGUCGUUGCGAAGGGCAAACGCGUGGAAAAUUUCUCACUCAGUCGAACUGAAGCAGCCGCGCGAUACACUAGUGGCGUGGCGUGAAAAGAAUGUUCCCGUAUCUCGUUAAUCGGCCAGUGAAUCGAGUCUGUGACACAGUGCUUUUUAUCGGUCAGUGUGGACAGUGGCUCGGCAUGAACACAUCGCUCUGAGGUGCAAACGUAGUUCGAGGAUCACCGGAAACUGUGCAUCGUCGCCGUGUCGUCGUUUUUUUGGAUCCACGAGGCCGACCGAGCCGGCAAGCUGGACGCGGAGGUCGGAGGCGGCGGAAGCCGCAGGGGUAUCAGCCCUCCGACACACCUCGGCAACAUAAACCCGGAUCAUCCGGGUUUGCGUGGUACGCCGUUGGCGAUGCUCGCGGCUCAGUGCAACAAACUGAGCAGCAAGAGUCCACCACCGUUGGCAGACGCGGCGGUCGGCAAAGGCUUCCAUCCAUGGAAGAAGAGUCCACAGAGCAGCGGCAGUUCGCCUCAGCACUCGGCUGGAAGCGGCGGCGGCGGCGGUGGAGGAGGCGGAGGCGGAGGUGGAGGAGGGGGCGGGGGUGGGGGUGGCGGAGGAUGCACGACGACCGGAGUCAGUCAAAGACCAGCGGCGACGAGCAGCGCCGGCAGCACGACGACCGGUGGGUAUGCAAGAGCGCCGGUAACCUCGUGCGCGUCGACCGCGCCCCAAUACGGCGGCGACCUGUACUUCCCGGGGACGGCGAGUGCACAACCGGCCGGAGAUCCGCACCAUCAUCAGAGCAGCCUGCUUGGUAAGGUCGAAGGAGCGACCUUGGGCUCGGUGUACGGCCGACAUCCGUACGAGUCGUGGCCGUUCAACGCGAUGCCAGGCGCGACGCACGGUGGUAUCAAAGCCAGUGAUGGUUGGUGGGACGUUCAUGGAGCGGCGACAGCCGGCGGAUGGUUGGACGUCGGGAGCACGGUCGGUGUCGGUGUGCAUGCCGCGCAAAUGGCCAACUACUCGGCCGACUACUCGACCAGCCUGGCGCUGGCGGGCAAUCAUUUGUUGACCACGGCGACCACCGCCGGCCACAAUCUCCUCCAAGACACGUACAAAUCGAUGUUGCCGGGAGGGCCGCCGGGUUUCGGGCUGCAUCAUCACGCGGCUGCAACAGCGAGCGCGAGCGCUGGUGCAGGUAGCCCACAGGGUAGCGGCGGUGGCGUGGGUGUGGGCGCGGCCGGUGUUAACCAAGCGCCGUCGCCGCGGUCGCAAAGACGGUACACAGGACGCGCCACCUGCGAUUGUCCGAACUGUCAAGAAGCCGAGCGACUCGGUCCGGCCGGUGUACAUCUCAGGAAGAAGAACAUCCACAGCUGUCACAUACCCGGCUGCGGUAAGGUCUACGGGAAAACGUCGCAUCUGAAGGCCCACUUACGGUGGCACACUGCGGCACCUUCGAACCCACACCGGCGAAAAGAGAUUCGCCUGCCCGGUCUGCAACAAGCGGUUCAUGCGCAGCGACCAUCUCGCGAAGCACGUCAAGACCCACAGCAGCAGCAGCAGCAGCAACGGCAGCAAGGGCAAGGGGGGAGCGGGGAGCUCGUCAGCCGAGUCCUGCUCCGACAGCGAGGACAACGGGAGUCAGCAGAGUCCCACUUCCAGCUCGGUGCCGCCGCAGCCGCAGCCGCCGCCGCCGCAGCAGCCGCAGCAGCAGCAGCAGCCACCGCAACAACAACAGGCCCAACCGGCUCAGGCCCAGCAUCAGCAACAGCAGCAGCAACAGCAGCAGCAGCAGCAGCAGCAGCAGCAGCAAGCUCUGGUGGCGGCAGCGGCGGCGGCGGCGGCAGCAGCUGCAGCGGUGGCGGCGGGCCAGGACACCACCAACAACACCACAUCCCAGACCACCACCACCACCAGUCUCGGUCAUCAGCCGACAACGCCCAUGACCCCAAUACAGAUGACCUCACCACCUCUGACCCCACACCAUCCCCACCACCCGCAUCUCCCGCCUCUAAUGCACCAUCCGCAUCAUCACGCAACCUCCGUGCCGGUGGCGGCAGCAGCAGCGGCAGCAGCGGCGGCGGCCCACCACCCACACGCGGGGAUGAGCAUGCACUGAGCCCGGUGGGGCCCGGAGUCGGUGCCUGCAGUACCACUGCCGCAACGGCCCUGGGCUCCCCCUUAUCCUACCCCCUCAACCUGAACCUCGUGCCGCAGAAUCACGCCGCUGCGCACCAAACUAUCGCUCACCAUCACGCCACAUCUGCCUCUGUUCCUCCAAACUCAGCUCCCCCUCCUCCUCCGCCCAACCAUCAUCAACACCAGAAUCACCAUCAUCACCAUCACCACCACCACCAUCACCAUCACCAACAACAACACCAACACCAACACCAACACCAACAUCAACACCAACAACAGCAACAACAGCACUCGCGUCAGAGCAACUCCUAUCCCAUGCAACAGAAUCCUGGCACGCCGGGGACCGCGCAGACUCCCUCACCCUCGUCCCCUGCGCCUGUACAUAGUCUCUAGGUUGACGCGUCGCCCCUAGCUCUCGUCACCCCACUGUUCCACCUCCCCCCUGUUCUUUGAACCUAUAUUAUGUCUGUAUUGUUUUAUCUUUUCUAUUCUAGUAGAUCGGGGCAGCGAUCGUCUCUCGAACACGAUGCUACUACUACACACCAAACGAAUUUUCACGACGAUUCCUUGCACGCAGCUCGACGACACUUUGACUCUUUAUAUCCAGACUUUAGGGUACUCGAAUCGCUUCCAGUGUGCACGAGAAUUUUUCGUGGCACGUUUGCGAGCCGCUGGAGCUAGAGCCUGUCGGUACUCUCGUAAGUACCAAUAUCUUAAACAUGAUGCAUUAAUUCCUAAGUGGACCUGCUGAGACACCGAUUUUUAUUUACCACGUUGUGCGUUGAACUGAACAAUUUUUUUCAUACAGUUAGUUGGGAAUUUACGCGAUCCUCCGCGUUCUCCGGCAGAGGAAAAUUUAUUUUCACGUACCUCCAAUUUCGAUAUGAUUUUCGUGGAAAACUCCGAUUAUAUUAACCCUUUGACCAGGGCUUUCGACCAGCUAACUCGUUAUUGAAAAAUACUCGUCCGGCGCUCGAGAGAAGCCAAAGAAGAAGAACUCUGAAGAUUUGUCAAUUUUUCCAAUGACUCUGAAUUAACUUCUGGUCACUCCUGGUCAAAGAGUUGAACUAGAGUUGGAAAAUCCACUUACGGAUAUCACCAAGGUUACUGUAAAAAUUCGUUCUCCUCUCCACUGUGUGCAAUGUUCGCAAUGUGUGCCACAAAAAUUUCGUUGAAAGUGUCACAGGGAUCACCGUUCACCGGGCAUAAAGGGUUAAACGUGAACACGAGAAAUUUUAAUUUUAUUACACUCGGCUCGAAUCCUCCCCUCCCUCUGUACAGUUUGCGAUCGCUGCCUCGUCCACCGAUCUUCUACUAUUAUUCAACCUUCUCCCGAACGCAACCCGAUUGCCGUCUCUCUCCGUUACUUGUAAAUACUUAUACAUAGAGCGCGUGAGAAAGAUUAUUAUAUUAAUUAUAUGCGGUGUAAUGUUAAGCGGUGUAAAAAAAACAUGCAAACAGAAAAAGAAAAAAAAGAAGUUCUAUAUAUAAACGCACUGUCGCGCUGUACCAUACACUGGACACACACACACACACACACACAUACACACGUACGUACGUACGUAGACACACAUACACGUACACAUAGGACACAUACGCGUAAGGAAGCAAAAAACAAAAAGAAAA